AUGAGUAUCACUGUCAAAGCACUCGUGUUAACCUUCAAGGAAUUCUUGACUGUCUGGAUUAAUCAAAUCUUGUACUACAACAAAAUAUACGACAUUGAAAUUUAUGAUCAAUCAAGAGCUUUUGAUAUAUUAGUUUAUCAUAAUAGAAAUCCUCAAUUACAAACAUAUAUAAAUGAACUAAUUAAUAAAUUACUUAACAAUAUAAAUAAUACAUUGCAAUUGACAUUAAUUAUAUAUAAUGUCAAAUCUCAAAAGCCAUUACGGAAUUAUAUAAUAAAUUUCCAUGAUUUAUUAAUUAAUUUUCAUGACUUAAUAAUUAUGCAUGACAAUUUUAAUAAUGAUGACAUAAAAGACGAUAAUUCGACAAUAAUUAAUGAUCCUCAACUCAGUUGGAAAGACAUUUAUUUACAAUUUAAUACCUUAUUAUAUCACCAUAUAAAUGAAUUGAAAAGAAAUCAAAUUGUCACUCCUGAUAAUGAAUUAUUUUUUAAAGUAAUUGUUAAUGUUCCUGAUUCACUAAAUUUAGUAAACUCCAAUUGGGUUAGACUAUCCCAGUCAGACAAUAACACCAACAAUAAUAACACCAACAACAACGCUAUAAUUAAAUUUAAACCAAUCGGACAAAUUAAUCUUUACAUAUUUAAUUUUGAUAUACAUAAUGAAUAUAUGUAG